AUGAACGGUUUGCUUAAAGAGCAGCUACGCAAACUGUCCCCCACUGAAUCCCUGGCCGGAUGGAGUCGUAACCUCCGCCAGGCUGCAGCCGCGCUCAAUGACUGUCCGCUGUAUGGCUCCACCCCGUAUGCCAGGUUUAAGGGGGAGGUCAUCGAGCGGCCCCGUGUGCUGCGAGUGCAGCGUUUGCACCCGCAAGCCCACCUCCCCAUUCGGGCCACCCCGGGAAGUGCUGGUCUUGAUCUACGGGUCCCUCAAGAGAGCCUCACCCUGCAGUCUAAUAGCCAAAACCUCGUGAGUAUUGGCUUAGCCAUUGGGCUCCCACAAGGCUAUUAUGGGCUCAUUGCCCUAUGCAGUAGCCUGGCCCUCAAGGGCAUAGAUGUGGCGGCGGGAGUGAUCGACGCUGACUACACGGGGGAGGUUAAGGUUUUUUUGGUGCACAAUGGCCCGCAGGCAAUAACCCUCUCCCAAGGCGAGCGGGUUGCACAGCUGAUUUGCGAGCGCAUUGGAUUGCCUGAUGUGCAGGAAGUGGAGGCACUUAUGCCCACUACUCGAGCAGGGGGGUUUGGCUAG